GUUUAAAAGGAUGUCUGGAAAGUAGUUGUCACAUUUCGGUGUACUCUAAUAAUACAUGUUUAUGUGAAGCAAGACCGGAAUGAUUUUUCUGGGCUGGACAUUUGUUCAGGUCGCAAUUGGACUUUCAGUUGUGUUCUCGUGAUUAUUAGUGCCUUGUCUUUACCGCAGAUUACGUACCAGUAAGUAACCCUAGCUCAACUUAUGAUGACUGUUCAAUAUUAUAUUGAGUACCUAAAAGUCCUAAGUAUUUAUUUAUAGGGGUUACAUUAUGAAAUACAGUAAGUAGUUGUAUGAACUUCAGUAAAUACUUCGUCAACAAACGUGUGAAGCUUAAAGCAACCAUAUGGAGCCAAAGAUGAUAUCGUGCAUAUGUUUGUUCCUCUCACUCCCACCUUCUAUAUACUCUUUAGCCUCACGCUUUUGCUGAUCAUGGUGGUUUGAAGGUUAUAAAGGUUAAUAAACAGAUAAACGCUCAAGAUUGAUCGUUACUUAUAAGAACUGGUGACCCUUGUUGAUCGCCGUGAUAUGUGGUACUGUGACAGUCCAGUCUCCCUUCUAGUUUAUCAAUAGAGGUAGAUGGUUUGAAACUCGACACUACCCACUCAUAUUAACCUCUUAAAACCAACAUAAGUGUAUAUUAUCAGUGAUUACACUCUGAUCUCUUUUAUUGCGAUGUUUUCUAAUCGCUGUCUUUUCCAAAGUUUCUAGUAUUUGGACCGUAUCUAAGGCUACGUAGUCCUGUCGGAUGUUCAGUUUCAGUUACCCAAGCGAAUAUUGGUGCAGUUAUCUAACGAAAUGGGAUCUUAUAUUGAUGAGGAUACUGGUGUUAAUUCAAACAUCUCUGAAAUAGCACUACAGUCGGACACUUCUAUGAGUGAACAACAAAAUGCUCGUAUGUAUCUUUUCCCUGUUUAUUCGAGUUGCUAUUACUGCGAUUUGUAUUUCAUAAUAUUUUGCUCUCGUUUUAAUGGUGUGAUCGGCAAAAAUUUUGUCAACAUGUGCCUAACUUCACUAAAAUUUUCAUAACAUUGUCUUAGAUUUUAUACGACUCACAUAAAAGUACAUCUCUAUUGGCGAACUGUCAUUAGCAUACGUAUCCGUUCGACUCCAAAGGUCUCGAACACAGUCGUUUUUAAUGUAUUUGAAAAUACUUCGUGCUUUGAAAAAUCAUGUUUGCUAAUGAUAUUUUUUAACGAGUGAUUUGGUGUUUGGAUUGUGAUCGCACAGCGUUCCUUCAUUUGUUUAGUUAUUCUAUGGCAACGAGCAUUCAAGAAGGUUAAGUCAAUAGACCUGGACUCAUGGAGCAAUCUACCAUGGGAUAAAUGUCCUGUUCGGUGCGCCCUCAGACACCGGUACAGCGCAAUCAAGAAGAAAUGGGUUGUGGAUGAAGUGCAGAUCAAAAUGGAAUCAGAACCGUUCGACCGUGGAGCAAUGCGGGAAUGCUUUAGAAUGUACGUAUAUAUUUAGUGUUUUCACUCUUAUAUCUACACGUUCCGUACUUUCACCUAUUUUUAUUCGUACUACUGAACAUAGUCUAACAAAACGCAAUCUUCUAUUUUACUAUCAAAAUUGACUGCUUUCUCAAUAACUUCUGUAGGAAAAAACAGAGUCAGAGAGCAUCAGGUACUAAUGACUGGCACCAUACGUCAAAUUAUGUGGCCAAGCGAUACAUAGCCCCUACAGACAAACAGAUAUACUUUGACGAUGUACGUCUACAAAUGGAAGCAAAGUUAUGGGGUGAAGCUUUCAAUCGCCAUAAUCCUCCCAAAAAGGUACGUUUUUCAUUUCUUCAGAAUAUCUGAACACAUUUAAUAUUUGUAUUUAAUUAAUUCCUAGUCUGAUUAUUUAUUUUUUGUUUACUAAGAUGAUAGUAAUUACUGACUUCGCUCAAAGCAUGAUCUCCAACAUCCUCUUUAUGUAGCUCUUUCCAAAAUAUUUCAUUUUUUCAUGUUUUAUGACGGACUUUUUAUUCGUUUUAUAAGUACGAAAGCCACUUUGAGAUUUGCACCAUCCGCGAUAUUCUGAUUACUGACUAUAUUUUAUCAGGUACACAGAAUCCCUGUUGUCUGUUGGUGAUAACUUGAACUAUAGUAAGUCGCAUAUGUAUUUGGUGCCCCCUUGUACCAAUAUUUCUGUGUUCAAAUAAAUAAAUAAGUUAUCUAUUUAAUAAAGAAGUAUAUUGCUCGGUAGUUCCCUCUGGGUAUUUUUCGAUUAUGCGACAUGUCCAUUGAGGAUAUCGUAGGUACUACAUUGUGUUUGUUUUCAAAGGAUUAUUGGAAUUCGAUGAAAUCGUGUCUCCGUCUUUGGUACUACAAUAAUUUCUACCAUGUUUUUUUAUUUAUUCCUGUGCUCUUACAAAUCGUAACAACAUGGAUCGCUAAACUUAUACUGAGUUCUACGUUGAUAUAACUCGCUAUCAGUAAAUUUAUAUUUGAUUUUAAAGGUGGAUAUCUUCCAGCUGUCUAUUCUCGAAUUGUCUCCUGACAGUUCUGUUGGUAGUGAUCAAUUAGAUUUUUCACCAGUAUUUUUUCAUAUUGAACGCUUUAUGGAAGGAGAAUAUCGUAAAUACAACUCAAAUUCUGGCUUCGUUGAUGAGUGCUUACGUAAUACCCCACAGGUAUGUGUACUAGACAAAUCUAUUUAUUUAAAGCAGUCAUCAUAUUACUAAGAACCACUAAAACCCAUAGAUUACUGUAGAACCCUCCAGCUAGUGUCUAUUGUCUGUUAUUUAUACAAUUAAAUCUAAGGCUUCCUAGUCCUAUAGCUUAUGUGUUACCAAUGGUUUAGGUCAACUAGUUGACAUUUCUUAAAUCUUUAGUUUUAAUCUGCAUAAUUUCCGAAAAACUAUUUAAGUUCAUAAACUUUGAGGGUUUGGUGAUUUGUUUUUACAAAUAUCGCUUAAGUAUUUGGCCUAUUAGUAACUAUACAAUUGUAGUACUGCACCCACGGCGCUGUUGGGUAGUAAGGGCAGCCUUUUUAGUCAAUUUUGGUAGUCGGCGAGACCGAAUAUAUCCACCAUUCUGCUAUGAACCGGAUUAAUUAGAUUCCGAUUUCGGGGUUCACUAAUAUCUUGCGGGCUGUCUAAUGUGUAUGAAUACGUAUCUAAAUUACAUGAGUCUCGACUUUUGUAUGUACGUAUGUAAGUAUAUGUCAGACGGACUCGCACAAGGAACGUAAGUUAAAACAUUUGCCCUAUAUUUAAUGCAAUCAGCAGCCGUAUCCUUCAGGUUAAAUACAACAAAGAUGGUAGCAAAUACUAGGUAGAGGUGACCAUUAAACCUCUCUGGAAGAGUUUAUGUUUACGUGUAUGGCAUGAAGUGCAGGGGCAUUACGGCGGCCAUAUCACUGAACACCUACGUGAGACGCUUCUUUAGUUGGUCACCCUAGUGAUCUCACGUUCAUCCAACUCGACCAGUAGUCAAAUGUCAUUUAUUAUCCUUAUCAUCUGCCUCAAUUACAUUCUACGUACUGUAGCUAACAUCAUCUGGUCCGGUUGUGACAAGGAAAUCCUUAUCAUAUGAAUUCUUAACAUCGAUCACAUGGUCAUCUAAGUAAUAGCACCGUUGAUAACUUGGCAGUUAUGGUUUUGCCUAUCCAACUAAAUGGUUUAUGACUGUUAUUCAAAGUACCCAGACAUCUCUUUAAUUUAACGUAUCCAUUCACUGCGGUCGAGGGUUACAGUUCGCAUUGAGCGCACUUUAUGCGGAAACUCAUUUAAUUGUUAGUAGGACUGUCGUUAUGUCGAAUAUAUCUUAGUUCGACUCCUGUAUGCUGUUCCCUUAUGAUAGAUGUAUCUCAUUAGUAUGUAUGAUUCUAGACUAGCUAGCCUAGUUCGCAUUUAGUCAAAAUAUCAUUACUAAAUUUCUGUAGGAAUCGCCUGAGUGGAAAUUUGUGAAAAAAUAAAGAUAUACAUAUAUUUCAAACAAAACGAUUUAAUCAGUGUUCUUAAGAACAUGGCCAUCUUGCUUACUUGUGAAAUGUUCAUUUCUUACUAGACCUUUAGCCACUUCACAUUUGAACGUUCUGGUCACCGAUUGUUAGUAGUAGAUAUCCAAGGUGUUGGAGACUUGUACACUGAUCCUCAAAUUCAUACAUCAGAUGGAGUGGGCUACAAUGACGGCAAUCUAGGUACGCGGGGUAUGGCUUUAUUCUUUCAUAGCCAUAGAUGUAAUCCUUUAUGUAAAUGGCUAGGAUUGGCCCAAUUUGAUUUGGCACCCUCUGAGUUAGAUGAGCCAAUGCAGUGUCAACAAACUGACCAAAUUCCACCUAACCCCUCAGAAAAAGAAGUCAAUCAAAUUGACCUAAGUAUAUAUGGGAUGUUUCGCAAAUCGAAAUUUCGUCGACGCACAAUCAGUUUAAAUAAUCAGAUGUCCUGUAAAUCUCCGUCUCACUUAUAUGGUCCGACAGUUGUUCGUUCAUCUGAGAGCAUGCUCAUGUCGGCACUUUCUGAAACUCGUCGUCGUUGUGCUAGUGUCUCACUUUGUGAUCAUCCUAAAUCUGUGGGACAAAGUUCGGAUUGCGUAUCAUCUUUCCAUUCAGUAGGUGACGGCCUUUCGUUCGACAGCCCUGACGCUCUGAAGCUUCGUGAAACAUGUCUAAAUCCCCCUUUCCAGCUAUCAAGCCGCCAACUUUCACCUGAUUUAAAUAUAUCUGGUCACGGACAGAGCUGUCUACAACCAAUGCAAAAUUUCAGUUCGGUUGUCCCCAAGCAACCGGAUUCGAGAAAUCGUGCAGCAUCUGGUGACUCAGGAUAUGUUGGACGAAUUAAUUUAAUCCAACCUUGUUCCGACCUACCUGUUAGUAGAUCUCACGAAAUCGCUUCUGGAUUCGAUCAAAACUGUAUGGGUUUUUGUGGUGAUUCUACCUCAGUUGAUUUACCAGUACGUAUAUCUCAAUCUAAUGUCCUGGGUAUGCGGUCCUUAGAAUCUCAUCCAUUAGUGGAUGAAGCCUUUCCUACGGGAUCAAAUUAUUCAAUUUCCAAUCGUAGUAUAUUUAUUUCCAAAAGACAGCGUAAUAUUAGUGAAUCUAGUGAUGUAGAUGCGGAAGAAUGUCAUCGUGUGCCAGGAAAUUUGUUGUAUCAGCUAAUGCAUGAAAAUCACAAACCCAGUUGUGCCGAUCAUCCUACAAACUUGGAUCAAGAAAUUGGCCAUUCCAUUCUUGGGCAAAUACAUCACGAACUUGCUAGACUUCAUGAAGCUGGACGUUUCAUUCCAAAUAAAGGUCAAUGGUCACAUGUAGGAUUAAGAGGUGAAGGGAUUUUCAACAAGGACUCUUGGGAAGUUAGUGAGUUCGAAGAAUCACAUAACGAAGCAAAUAAUGACCCAGUAACUUUGAUCGAUUGGUCAGCUGUCCUAUUCCAUGAAAGUCACGCUGCUCAGCUAGGCUGUCUGGAAGCCAUGAUAGUCAUGGCACAUUAUUAUCUUGGUUUACCAACUCAGCUGCUACUGGAGUGCCCAAUAAAACCGGAUCCAAGUGAUAUACGUAUUGGUAUCGAUCAUCUUUGGCGUGCUGCAGAAGGUGGUGAUCGUCGAUGCAUGAUCCUACUCGCUCGCUAUCUAGAUUUGUCAGUUAAUUUCCUAAAUCCAGAACAUCAACUCAACUUCAUAACAAAUUCGCGUGAUAUAUUUAUGCUUCCUGCCUUACAAUCGUUUCUUAACAACGAUAGUCAUUCAUUACUUCCCUCCAUAUCCCCUGAUUCUUGGUCCGAAGCUAUAGGGUGGUAUAAACGAGCAGUCGAUAGCGCGGUAGGUUCAUCCGCUUCCAGUGAUGGAUGUACAGAUGAAGGUUUAGAUGCUGAAGGUCACUAUGAUGCUGCUGAAGAUUUGUUGCCUGUUUAUCGUAUCUUGGCUCGUAUGGCUGAAAUGUAUUCUGUCGGUGGCUUCGGUCUUAAGCAAAAUUUUUAUUUAGCUGGAGAUCUAUUCACUCAAGCUGCAGAAAUUGCGUCUGGUUCACUACAGGGUCGUCUGGCUGCAAGAUAUUUUGAGUUAGCAGAUGAAGCAUACUCAUCAAGUGAACAAAUCACAAACUGAUAGGAAGUAUAUUUUGACUUCCUAGGCGUCAAAAGGCAUGAUUUAACAUGCUCUAUCCCUGGUGUGCUGUUUAUACAGUUAUAAACAUCAGUACUUGUAUUAUUUUUUACUCUUUUGUUCGUGUAAUGUAUUUCUUACGAUCCAUAACACUAGUUUUGGCACUAUAUUGCAGUUCUUUCUAUCUUACAGUCAUCCGGUUGUACUACUUUUGUUUUGCUUGUUAUAUUUCAAUACACAUUUUUCAUUUAUAUCAUUCUGCACUUAUCUUCGGUUUUUACUACAUGUUCGAUCAAUUUUUUACGAAUAGCUGCUGUUUCUAAUUACAUCUAAUGCUAUUACGUUAUUGGCUCAGUUUGUAGUUUACUCAGUGAAAAUUACAACCUGUGUUUCGUUAGUUUCAAGGAUUCUCGUUAUGUUGAAGAUGUAUUACUUACUUACGCCUGUUACCCCUCGUCGAGGAGUAUAGGCCACCCACCAGCACUCCCCAUCCAACCCUAUCCUGGACAAUUCUUUCCAGUUGCUAUUCAUCCUCUGGCUGUCUGCUUCCAAUUCUCGGCGCAUGGUGUCCUUUUGCCUUCCCCUUUUCCGUCCCGAUUAAGGAUUCCAAGUUAGGGCUUGCCUUGUGAUGGAAUUUAAUGGUUUUUGUAAUGUGUGUUCUAUCCACUGCCAACAUCUUUUCCUAGUUUCCUCGUUAGCUAGUUCAUUGAGUUUGUUAGUUUCUCGUAGGAAGGCUGUAAUGAACCAUUGUACUGCCGUUUCCCCAGCUGUCCAGUGUUUCUUUAGCCUCAGUUUCAUCUUGGUCACAACCAGGUGGUGAUCUGAAGCUUUGUCAGCUCCUUUCCUCGUUCUCACGUCCGCCAUUGUCCUUCUGAAUUUUUUAUUGAUACAAAUGUGAUCUAUCUGGUUCUCCGUGUUGUGAUCCGGUGAGACCCAUAUGGCUUUGUGUAUGCGUUUGUGUGGGAACUUUGUGCCGCCUAUAACCAAUUUAUUGAAUGCACAUAGGUUUCCAUAUCUCUCCCCAUUCUCGUUCCUUUCUCCCUGUCCGUGUCGUCCCAUGAUAUCUUCAUAUCCAGUGUUAUCUAUUCCGACUUUUGCGUUUAGAUCUACCAUCAGGAUGGUGAGGUCCUUUCUCGGGCACUUCGCUAUGAAUGAUUGCAGCAUCGACUAGAACUGAUCUUUAUUGUCGUCGUUGCUAUGAUUGGUGGGUGCAUGACAUUGGAUAACAUUCAUCGUGAUUCCCUCCUUUGUUUUGAAGGAUGCCUUUACGAUUCUGGAUCCGUAAGAUUCCCAUCCUAUAAGUGUUUUACCUACUCCUUUGGACAGCAUCAGAGCAACUCCCUGGGUGUGUGGAGCAUUUCCUUCUUCGUGACUAGAGUAUAGCAGCAUCUCCCCCAUAUCUAACCUUUACUGUCCAGCUUGGGUCCAAUGGGUUUCACUGACUCCGUGCACCACUAAGUUGUAUCUCAUUUCCGUUGCUAGUUGACUGAUCCUCUCGGUCUCCCACAUUGUCCGGACGUUCCAUGUACCUAUAAAAAUUGUUCUGGUUGGUAGAAAGGGCAUCAUCUUCGUGACUGCCGAAGACUCGGUUUUCAUAAUGAGGCGUCAUAAUUCUUCCUUUAACUUGGAGGACAGAGUUUAAAUGGUUUAGUUUGUUUAAUCUGGUUAGCGUUUUUUAGUAAGAUUUUUUUCCACGGGAUGGGGUUGCGAACCGUAUGAGCUACAGGCGGAGUAUUUAUACUAGCCACUAUUAAGUUGUUUUCGUGAGUUCAUGUACUUUAUUUUCAUUUUUAUUUAGAAAACUGAUUAUCAAGCGGUCUUGUCAAUAUCCAUGCUUACUAAGAUAAAAGAAAUAUGUAAUCAAGUUUCCCAAACCACAACAGUUUAUCCAGCUUUGAUUUAUAGCACUAUGAAAUUCCUUUUGAUUUUACUAUCCACUGCCUAUUUUCAUAUCGUCUUACUUUAAUGUAAUCACAAUUUUAAACAAGUCUUAAUAGAAGUUUCUAUUG